UGUCACGUGUCUUCCUGCUUCCGUAUCAGUACUUAGAGCUGGAUUGACUGCUGAAAUCCUGCAAGCAAGCAAGAAUAGAAACCGAUACUGACAGCUGCUAGACGACUCCUCAGUCUGUGUUUGAAAUGUUUCCAUCCUCCUGUGACACCUUUGUGGCUCUGCCUCCUUCCUCUGAGGGACAGCGCAUCAUCUUUGGGAAAAACUCGGACAGACCCUGCGAUGAAGUCCAAGAGGUUGUGUAUUUUCCUGCCAGAGACUAUAGUCCAGAGGAGAAGGUUGAGUGCACAUACAUACAGAUCGAGCAGAUUGCCCACACCUAUGCAAUUGUGCUGAGCAAGCCAGCAUGGCUGUGGGGGGCUGAGAUGGGUGCAAAUGAGCAUCAAGUGUGCAUUGGGAAUGAGGCAGUAUGGGGCAGAGAGAGCGCUGAUGGAGAGGAGGCUCUGCUUGGAAUGGACCUUGUCAGACUUGGUCUUGAGCGAGCUGACACGGCUGAGAAAGCUGUUGAUGUUAUCGCUGCUUUGUUGGAGAUGUACGGUCAAGGAGGCUCAUGCAUGGAAGAUCAGAGUGAGUUCACCUACCACAACAGCUUCCUCAUCUCAGACCGAAAGGAAGCGUGGGUACUGGAAACAUCUGGGAAGUACUGGGCAGCAGAGAGAGUGGAAGAGGGAUAUCGGAACAUCUCCAACCAGUAUGGAAUAACAACAAAGAUAGACAAGGAGCAUCCAGGAAUGAGGGAAUACGCUCUGAGCAAAGGAUGGUGGGACGGAAAGUCAGAGUUCAACUUUGCCACGGUCUACUCCUUUCUGACGACAGCCAGAAUAGAGUCUGCUGGGACUCGGUACUGCGAGGGGAAGAGCUUGUUGGAAAAGAGAAACGGCCACAUUACUGCAGAGGCAAUGAUGGAUAUUCUGCGAGAUAAAGACAGUGGCAUCAACAUGGAGGGCAUGUUCAUGACAACAGGAAGCAUGGUGUCUGUGGUGCCCACGAAUCCGACUCUGCCAGGAGUUCACUACUUCACAGCAACUCCAGAUCCAGAGAGGUCUGUUUUCAAACCAUUUGUGUUUGUGAAAAACGCACGUGACUUGAAGGAGACAUCCUCCCCCAGCUUUGGUCCAGAUGAUCCCGUGAAGAAGAAACCUCGCUUCCAGAGCAAACCGGACCGCAGACAUCCAUUGUUUGUGAAGCACGAGGUUAUCGCCGCCAAGAUUGAAUCUUACAAGGAAAAAGGACAGAAAAUCACAGAAAAUCUGAGGCAGCUUGAGAAAGAGACAAUAAAAAAGAUGGAGAAUAUUCUCGCAGUGGGUGUGCAACAGCCUGAUGACUAUGUGAACCUGUUCUCUGAGUGUGUCCAGAUGGAGCUGAGUGUUCACAGCAAAGGUUAAGAGCUGUGUGAGAU